UGAUGAUGUCGAGAUAGCGAAACUAGAGAAACCUAUUUACAAAAAAGCCAGAUGACUGGCCAUUUUAGACUCGUUAUCGGAAUUCCUUGGCCGAUUCCCUCAGGUGAGUCGUGUGAGCUCUGGAUUUAACCACUCAGUAGGAGAUACAGCCCGGCAAUUGACGUGAGGAGGAAUUCAUCAACUACUUCUUAACAAUACCCAGCAACGCUCUUUGCUUGCUUGGCAAGACAUGGCUCAAUAUAAAACCAUGCCAUAGCCCAAGGAUAUCAGGAGUAGGAACACUUUCCAAUUCUUCCCCAUUCAAAGACCUGCAGCAACAUCUCUCGAUAGACCCAGGAUUAUCAGCUUCAAAAUGAGUUUCGGCGGCCGAGAACUGUGCGCCUCUAUUGCGCGCAUCUUGGAUAAUGCCCAGGUUCCUAAUGUCCUAUGGGGUAGGCUCUUGGAAUCCGCGUACGGAUUUAUGGAUCAUUUGAAUCUCCCCGUCGUAUCCUUCAUUAUCCCUGAUAAGAUGAUUGAUAGCGCGUACCAAGCUCUUAUGACAGAGCCCUUACUCAACGAAUGCAAGGGUGAACACUGCGAACAUUAUUACCACCAAUCUGGAGACCCCAGGGAAAGGACGAUGAAGCCUGCGAGACAUCUUUACCUUCCUUUAGAUCUAAAUAUGAAGUACUACCAUCCAUAUAUUGUCUUGGAGCUUUACCGGGAAUCGGAUAUUCUCUUAGGAUUCCCGGCCAUUCCCUUGGGCACUCCACCGCAUCACGACGAAUACUACAUGUCGACAGACGAUAAGCGACUGCCCGAUAUUAUGGGAGACUGCGGCCGAUUUAACCACCCCAAAGGAAAUGGGGACGAGACUUUCAAUCCGGAGAAGUACCCAUUCAAGGUCCUAACUGUCACGAAGGCGGUCGAAAACCUCAUUCUCUUGCGAUGCCGAGACAAGGGCUAUCAUGAGCAUUGCGAUCGACUAUGGUCUGAGAUGUUGGAGCACAUUCGCAUCCAAGUCGUGGGAUGUGGAACAGUUGAGAUUGGCAAGUUGGAAGAAGGCUUCCAGAAGAUCUGGGAUAAUACAGGUGUAAUGAAUCGCUCUCCUGAUUCUUUGGUGGAUGAUCUGAGAGAGAAACUUAAGGAGGAGAAUGCCCUGCCACCUCCUUUGCCGAACGAUGACUGCGGGUGCCGUCCCGAACAGGAGGAAAAGAUUUGAGGAGGAGAUCAGGAAGAUACUGUCCUGACGGCCCUACCUUUGCU